AUGGGUAUUUACAUCUCAAAGCUCUUCUCCGGGCUUGUCGGGAUGCGGGAAAUGCGAAUCCUCAUGUUGGGUCUCGACGCAGCAGGAAAGACGACCAUUCUCUUCAAACUGAAACUAGGAGAAGUCGUCCGUACGGUCCCAACAAUUGGGUUCAACGUCGAGUCUGUUGAGUACAAGAACAUCUCAUUCAACGUCUGGGACGUCGGCGGGCAGGACAAGAUCCGACCUCUAUGGAGACAUUACUACCAGAACACACAAGCGCUCGUGUUCGUCGUCGACUCGAACGACCGCGAGCGCGUCGGAAUCGCGCGCGACGAGCUGCACGCGAUGCUCGGCGAGGACGAGCUGCGCGACGCGCUCGUGCUCGUCUACGCGAACAAGCAGGACCUGCCGCACGCGAUGAGCACGGCGGAGCUGACUGACCAGCUCGCGCUGCACACCCUGCGCAGCCGCAAGUGGUAUAUCCAGGCGACGUGUGCGACGACGGGAGAGGGCAUGUAUGAGGGGCUGGAUUGGCUCACGCAGAAUAUGAAGCGCCAGAUCUGAUUGUCCGGCUCCCACAUCGAUACCCUCUCUUUUUCUUCCUUCUAUUCCAUUGCACGGGUGCAUCACUUUCUGAGGUCGAUAUGUAUAACGUGUCACCGGAUAUCAUGGUUCCACGUGUCCUCGGUAGAUUCGGAUAUCAUGGCUGUAUCAAUCUGACACGAUCGGACGAGCGUGUUCG